CCUAAAAGACUGUGACAGAUUUCAAAAAUGACGAUGGCAUCUUUUUGGUUUUGGCUGAAAAAUGGCAAAAUUUUAUAAAACCGCACUAAAAUUCGAAGGUGUAUGUUAAUAUGGGUUUUUAGUGGACAGCCUUGAGUUUUGCACUGCACGCGCCCAUCCACCAAGCCAUCCUUAAUUGCCGCUCAAGAUGGUUCCAACGGUUCGCUAAAAUCGCAACUUCUGCUAAUAUUUACGGGUGAAAUGAACGCGUUCACACGCACAAUUGUGAUCACAGGGUUGUUGCUGUUGUGUUGCCUGCUGACCGUUUCGCACCUCAUUGGAUGACCGACCCCGAUCAUUCAGUAUCGUGCCUUUACCAGAAGAUCGGUGCUUCAUGGUCCGGAUGGCUUCCAAAGAAUACAGAAGAAACAAUCCACCAUGGGGCCUUCUAUUCAGUUUUACUUCGGCCGGGAUUCCGGUUGAUUUCCGUCAACACCAACUAUUGCCAUUCUUUAAGCUGGUGGCUUCUGGUCAACAGCACUGAUCCAGCCAGCGAACUGAAGUGGUUGAUAGCAGAAUUGCAGAAGGCGGAGAGUAACAGCGAAAAGGUUCAUAUUAUAGGCCAUAUAGCGCCCGGUAGCUCGGACUGCAUGAAAACCUGGUCCAGUAACUUUUACAACAUCGUAAAUCGCUAUGAACACACGAUAAAGGCGCUCUUCUAUGGCCAUAGUCAUGCCGAUGAGUUUGAGGUGUUCUACGAAGCCACCGAUUUCAGCAGCAGGGCGACUGCAGUGGCCUAUCUGGCACCGUCCGUAACAAGUUUUACCAACUACAAUCCAGCGUUCCGCAUUUACUACGUGGAUGGCGAUCAUGAGAAUACCACAAGGGAAGUUUUGGAGCACGAAACGUGGACGUUCGAUUUAGACACCGCAAAUCUGCCAGGCAACGAACCCAAUUGGUUCAAGUCGUACUCUGCUACCGAUGAGUUUCAACUGAACAGCUUGAGGCCGAACGAGUGGAACAAUUUAAUCGAAAGAAUGAUCCAAGAUGACGAACUGUUUCACAGGUUUUACCGGAAUUAUUAUAGGCAUUCCCCAACAGCUCCGCCGUGCGACUCAAAGUGCAAGCUGCAAAUUUUGUGCGAUUUAAAAUCGGCCAAAUCGCACACGAAACACCAACUUUGCCAUGAGCUCGAAACUGCCUUUCAAAUGUGAUUUUUUAAUAUAUUUUUUCCAGAA